AUGAAUCGCUCGCAGUACAUCCCCCAGAACCCGUACCAGAUGUCGCCAUAUCCUCCGCGAUAUGAUGGCCAACAACAACAACUUCAGCAGCAGCAGCAGCAGCAGCAGCAGCAGCAAUACUCACCGUACCCAGGGCAGCAGCAGAUGUCCCCCAACGGGCAGAUACUCACAUAUCCCCCAUCAACAUACGCAGGCCAUGGCAUGAACCAAAUGGCACAGCAACAGCAGCAGUACCAGCCUGGUGCCAUGUGGGCGAGCGGGUUCCCAGCGGGGCCCAUCAUCGAGGAUCUCUGCGCGCCGCCGAUGGGCAUGGUGGGGCCGGGCUCGCCGCCGAUCAACUCGAUGCCGGCGCGCAUGCCCAUGGGAUCGAUGCACCCGUCGAGCAUGCCGCAGGUGCAGAACGUCUUCGGCCUGCGCCACCCCACAUACCACAACAUGGUCAUGCCGCCGCAGAACGCCAUGCAGGCCCAGAGCAUGCAGUCGCGCAUGGUCGGCUCGUACCCGCCCUACGGCGUCACCCCCCGGCAGCAGGCCCAGGCACAGCAGCAGGCGCAACAUCACGCCCACCAGCAACAGCAGGCGCAGCAACACCAGCAGAGGCAGCAGCAACAGCUGCAGCAGCUGGACCCGAGUACCAUGAUGCCGCGCACUGGCGCCACCCGCGUCGACACCACCACCGGCUUCCCCUCGGACGUGGCUCCGUCUGAUGAUGCGGGACUCGGGCAGCACAUGACGUCUCCUGGCGGGAACCCACAGGCUGGCAUGCCGCUGACGCCCGACAACGGCUACAACAGCUUCAUGUCGCCUUAGGCGCCACACUCUCUCUCCAUCGACAC